AUGGCCCAAGAUGAGAUCCCACGCAAUGGUUCUCUGAAGGACGACAUUGUGUCUGAAAAACUAUCAUCGCACGACGCAAAAGAUUCUGCUUUGAGCAGCAAAGAAGUUGAUGAGGAUGUUCUACCUUCUGAAAGAGUUGAAGUGGAAGAGACGGGGAACAACAACCAGCAAGAGAAUGAAUCCUAUCUGACUGGAUGGAGGCUUCAAACACUCCUCGUUGGCGUAUGCCUCAAUUUAUUCCUUUCGAACCUAGAGACAACCAUUGUGAGCACAUCACUUGUAUCAAUUUCGAAUUCCUUGCAUAGCUUUAGCUCCAGCAGUUGGAUUGUCACAGCGUAUUUGGUGACAUAUACUGGAUUCCUGGUCAUCAUCGCAAAGCUCAGUGAUAUCUUUGGCCGGAAACCUUUUACUGUAAUUGUGUUGAUUGUUUUCAUUGCCUUUUCGUUGGGCUGUGGAUUAACUCACGAUAUGACAAGCCUCAUCAUAUUCCGCGCAUUCCAAGGCAUUGGUGGUGGAGGUCUAUACUCGAUGGCAUUUGUGGUGCUACCUGAAAUGGUGCCGACCAGCAAAUAUCCACUUUAUGCCGCAAUCCUAUCCUCGACGAUGGCACUAUCGAAUCUCGCUGGCCCACUCCUCGGUGGAGCAGUCAACCACAAUGAAGGAAGCAGCAGUGUAUGGAGAUGGAUCUUUCUGCUCAAUGGACCUGGUGGUGGGGUAGCGUUAGUUCUUAUCAUGCUUGGGAUGCCAGCUUACUUUCCCAAUCACAAAUCGUCGAGUCAAGCCCACAAGAAGAACGCCCUUACCAUGCGGAACCUGCGGAGAGUGGACUUGAUGGGGCUUGUCUUUCUACUUGGAGCUUCGAUAUUGUUAGUAACAGCGUUGGAAGAAGGGGGAACUCAAUACUCCUGGCAUAGCUCGGUGACAUUGUCUUUGUUGAUAAUCUCGUUUCUGUUGUGGUUUCUAUUCAUUGCUUGGGAGUGGUAUCAAGGCAAGAGGAACACGAUUCAAGAACCAAUCUUUCCUUGGCGCAUGGCUACAGAUCGAUUCGUGAUGGGCGUACUUUUAAACUCUCUCUUCUCCGGCGCGACCAUGACCGCAGUAGUUAUUAAUCUUCCGCAAAGAUUCCAGGUCGUCAACGGCGAUUCUCCUCUCACAGCAGGAUAUCGAUUUCUGGCACUUACAGUUGUUGCAUCAGGAGGCGCCUUCAGUGCUGGCUUCCUGGUACAAAAUCUCAAGGUCGCUCCAUUCUUUGUUUUACUUGGCGGUGCAAGCUUGCAAAUCAUUGGCCUUGUCCUUGCAAGCUACCUCUCUACUGAAUAUAAAGUUCAGAAGAUUAUCUACUUUUACCAGGUUAUUCUUGGGUUAGGAUUCGGCAGCAGUUGGAGCUGUACCAUCAUGGCUAUCCCACUGGUCGUCAAGAAGAAAGACACAGCUGUCGGUAUGGGGAGUAUUGGACAAUUUCGCUACCUUGGUGGUUCCAUCGGCAUUGCAAUAUGCACGAACAUACUCAACAAACACAUAUCUAAAGCUCUUUCGACUCUGCUCUCGCCCUCUCAGCUUGGAGAAAUUCUUCAGUCAGCCCAAAUCAUAAACGAGUUCCCUCCGUCCUUGCAGGAUGCCACCAGGCGAAUCUAUGCGGAAGGUUAUAAUACCCAGAUGCGGGCGAUGGCUGGUUUUGCUGGUGCUGCACUGUUGGCUACGUUUCUGAUGUACGAGAAAAAUCCAAGAAGACCUUAG